AUGAUGUUCCCUAGCCUCAUCGCUCCACCGGCCGUGUACCCCAGCCUCCUCCGGCCGACCCCGACCCUCACCCUGCCGCAGUCGCUGCAGUCCGCUUUUUCCAGCCAUUCCAGCUUCCUGGUAGAAGAUUUGAUCCGGAUCAGCAGACCCACCAGCUACCUGCCCACCAGGACUGCCCCCCCUGCCAGCAUGUCCCCCCCCACUGCGGCCGCCAGGACGGACGCGGGCGCUCCGGAGCUCACCAGCCCAGCCGCCGGCUCCAGGAGGAUCUGUUCGCCACAGACUUCCAGCAGCGACUCCACUUUCCUCAAGUUUGGAGUCAACGCCAUCCUCUCCUCCGCUCCCCGAGCCGAAACUUCUCCUGCGUUGCUUCAGAGCGUCCCUCCAAAGACAUUUUCCUUCCCGUACUUUGAAGGAUCCUUUCAGCCCUUUAUCCGAUCUUCCUAUUUCCCAGCUGCCUCCACCGUGGUACCCAUCCCUGGCACCUUCUCCUGGCCGCUGGCCGCCCGUGGCAAACCCCGCCGGGGCAUGCUACGUCGAGCUGUCUUCUCGGACGUGCAGCGCAAGGCAUUGGAGAAGAUGUUCCAGAAGCAGAAGUACAUCAGCAAACCCGACAGGAAGAAGCUGGCAGCCAAGCUGGGCCUCAAGGACUCACAGGUGAAGAUCUGGUUCCAGAACAGGAGGAUGAAGUGGAGGAACUCCAAAGAAAGAGAGCUCCUCUCUUCUGGUGGCUGCAGGGAACAGACCCUACCUACCAAGUUCAACCCUCAUCCAGACCUCAGUGACGUAGGCAAGAAAUGUUCAGGAGAGGAAGAAGAGGAGGAAGAAGUGCCCCCUGUGUGCCCACCCAGCCCACAGCAUCCCUUAAGCUACCACCAGUCCGCAGAACAUCUACAUUUGAGGGACAGACUGGACUCCCAGAUGUCUCCUUCUCCAUCCCAUUCUAGCAGCCCCAGCAAACCUUCAGACUUCUCAGACUCAGAGGAAGAGGAUGAUGAAGGUGAAGUGGAAGAAGAGGAGAUAACAGUCUCUUAA